AACACAUUGUGGAUCAGAGUACUGCCGCAAUGUGUCUGAAAAUAGAGCAGCUAAAGAAAGACAUGGAUAUAAAACACCAAGCACUUUUAAAAAAAAUUGAAGAAAACUGCCAGUGUAAGAAAAGCCCUAUUAUUGAACCCGGACUUGCAGAGUUUGUUGAUAGUAAUUUACCCUUGAAAAAUGAAUGUAAACUACGAGAUUUUGAAGAACAGCUCAGAGACUCAGCAAUGAGGCAGAAAGUGAAAACCCGACUGGCACGUGUUGGUGGUGGGUGUGAUAGAACUGCCACUUAUUCACUUUUGAGAAAAGUUUUCGAUGAUGCAGUGGCCAGAGAAUAUUGUUGGACUGGAGACAAAACUAGAAAAAAUUUCUCAGCUCUGCUCACUGUAAAAUUGAUAAUAGAAAUUAUUUGUGAGAAUUUUGUUAAUAAAACGGAGUUCAUGGUUAUCGACCAUGUUAAAGGAUGGUUGCGGGCUUCCAAUUACAGAUUCAAACGCCGUACUAUGGCUUUAGAAAACAUAGACUGAAAGACAAAUAGUUUAUAAGCAAGACUA